GUAUAUCUGUCAUCAUCUGAGUUAUCGAUGGUAACUUCACGGAGGUAAAAAAAAUUUUGUCCACGCGAGAUUUUUGGACAUUCGGAAAUUCCAAGUGGAAAGUGUAAAUAAAUUGAAUCCCUUCUAGAAGUUUUUGUGAGAAACUCUGUAGCAAAAUGAGUACAAUACUGGAGAAGAUUGCCGCCAUCGAGAGCGAGAUGGCACGAACCCAAAAGAAUAAAGCCACUUCGGCUCACUUGGGUCUGUUAAAAGCGAAAUUGGCCAAAUUGCGGAGGGAGUUAAUUUCGCCAAAAGGUGGCGGCGGCGGUGCUGGUGAACAAGGCUUCGAGGUGGCCAAAACUGGUGAUGCACGCGUUGGUUUUGUAGGGUUCCCAUCGGUUGGCAAGUCUACAUUGCUUUCAAAUCUGGCUGGUGUUUAUUCCGAAGUAGCCGCUUACGAGUUCACAACAUUAACCACUGUGCCGGGCUGUAUUAAAUACAAAGGAGCUAAAAUACAAUUGCUAGAUUUGCCUGGAAUCAUUGAGGGAGCCAAGGACGGUAAAGGUCGUGGUCGUCAAGUUAUUGCUGUCGCCCGAACUUGUAAUUUGAUUUUCAUGGUGUUGGACUGUUUGAAACCAUUGGGUCAUAAAAAACUUCUAGAGCAUGAAUUGGAAGGUUUUGGUAUACGACUCAACAAAAAACCUCCAAAUAUCUACUUUAAACGCAAAGACAAGGGUGGAGUUAACUUAAAUGCAAUGGUGCCACAAUCGGAGUUAGAUGCCGACAUGGUGAAAACCAUUCUAUCCGAAUAUAAGAUACACAAUGCUGAUAUUACAUUGCGCUACGAUGCGACUAGUGAUGAUCUUAUUGACGUUAUUGAAGGCAAUCGGAUUUACAUACCCUGCAUAUAUCUUCUAAAUAAAAUAGAUCAAAUCUCCAUAGAGGAGUUGGAUGUUAUCUAUAAAAUUCCACAUUGUGUACCUAUAUCAGCCCAUCAUCGCUGGAAUUUUGAUGAUUUGUUGGAACUCAUGUGGGAAUAUUUACAGCUAGUGAGAAUUUAUACCAAGCCCAAAGGCCAAUUGCCAGAUUAUAGUUCACCAAUUGUGUUGAACUCUGAACGCACAUCUAUUCAAGAUUUUUGUAAUAAACUACAUCGAACUAUCGCCAAGGAAUUCAAAUAUGCCUUAGUGUGGGGCUCAUCAGUGAAGCAUCAACCGCAAAAAGUUGGCAUUGACCAUGUACUCAACGAUGAAGAUGUGGUGCAAAUUGUUAAGAAAGUCUAAGACACACUCAGUUAUAAACUGAACCGGAAUUUAAAUCAUUGUUCAUCAAUGUUGAGUAUGACCGAUUAAUUGCUAUUGAUUUUGAUUUGAUAACAAUAAAGAUAAACCAGACACCUUCAAA